UACACAACAUUAUGUGCGUUUUAGUUAGUUUCUAGUGUGUUCUAAGUGAACUUUGAUAGCAGGGCUGCUAUUGACGAAUGAGUCGAAAGUUGUGAAAGGUUUUGGCACGCUGCGUGACGCACAUUUAUUCACCGAACUCCUGGAGCAAACUCAGGUCCGCACCGGAAGCGGACUAGAAUACGUUUUUGUUGCUGGCUCAGGUGUCGCACUCAUACACUCUUAAAAUGUUAGUAUGUUCCCCAGUUUAUGAAACCGAAAUUAUAUACAAAACGUGGGAUGUGAUGUGGUCAGAUGAGACCAAAUUGAGCUGUUUGACAUCAAUUCGACUCACUGUGUUUGGAGGCAGCGAAAAAUAAAAAAGAUGGACUGUUUUGACGUCUUUUGUAAGGGGGUAAACUUGCAUAAUAUAAACACGGCUGUCAUACUCCAGGCAAGAGCUGCGGCAGCAUGCCAACACGGAGCGUCUGCAGCUGGACGCAUCAUAUCUACUCCUGCUCUCCAGAGGGCCUGCUUCUCAACCAGCUCUUGCAGAUGGAGCGCUGCUGUCACUCAGCCUGCUCCUGCUUUCAAAGCAACAGCGGUCCACAACGGGGACUUCAAAGAGAUUAGCCUUGCUGAUUUCAAGGGAAAAUACUUGGUCCUCUUCUUCUACCCACUGGAUUUCACCUUUGUGUGCCCUACUGAGAUCAUUUCCUUCAGCGACAAGGCCAGUGAGUUCCAUGACAUCAACUGUGAGGUCGUGGGUGUGUCUGUCGACUCACACUUCACACACCUGGCAUGGACCAACACUGCUCGCAAGGCAGGAGGCUUGGGCAACAUUCACAUCCCUCUGCUGUCUGACCUCAACAAGCAGAUUUCGAGAGACUAUGGUGUGCUGCUGGAGGGUCCAGGCAUAGCCCUAAGGGGCCUGUUCAUCAUUGAUCCAAAUGGUAUUGUGAAGCACAUGAGCGUAAACGACCUGCCAGUGGGUCGUUGUGUUGAAGAGACACUUCGCCUUGUGAAAGCUUUCCAGUUCGUGGAGACCCACGGCGAGGUGUGCCCAGCCAGCUGGACCCCUGAUUCACCAACAAUCAAGCCGACCCCUGAAGGAUCUAAAGAGUACUUUGACAAAGUUAACUGAUUGGAAAGCACUAUAAAGCUUUGCAGAUUAAAAAAGCUAUUUGAUUUUAUGUACUUAUAAUAAAUGGGAAGUGUUAUAUACACCUGUUGGUCUGUUUUUUGUACUAAGACAAAAGUCCUAAGCUCACGCACCAAGCCCUGUACAUAAACAUGUUUAUUUCCUCUUUUUACAACAAGUUAAUAUGCAGAUUCAUUGGUACACAACAUGAGGUGCCAAAA